AUGGUGCUUUUGAGCCCAUCUAUCGGCGCCCUGCGCAGGCUGCUAAAGAUUUGUGAGUCUUAUGCGGUGGCUCAUGGGCUCAGAUACAAUGCGCUGAAGAGUGAGUGCAUGGUAUUUAAAGCAGGUACUAAAACGUAUACCAUAGUGCCUUCCAUUGAUCUAGGCGGCACUCCUCUAAAGCAGACAAAACAAUUUAAGUAUCUGGGUCACAGGGUCACCGAGGACCUAUGCGAUAAUGCCGAUGUGGAAAGGGAGCGCAGGGCGCUGGCUGUCCGUGGCAAUAUGUUGGCUCGCAGCCUGUGGGUCAGUUACACGCGGCGGACAUACGGAGCACUGCGCAUCCAGUAUAACAAUGCGUUCAGGAUGCUGUUCCGACUUCCACCUUUCUGUAGCGCGUCGACCAUGUUUGCUGAGAAACAUGUAGACGAUUUCUACGCUAUCAUGCGAAAGCGUAGUGCAUCGCUACUCCGUCGUAUGCGUCUCAGUACGAACAGCAUCCUGAGCACAUUGGUGGAAAGAUGGGAGUCCCCAAUGCUGGGGCGGUGGAUGCGCUUGCACACUGCUGCCAAUGCGUAG